AUGCGCUUUUUGUCGCCACUAAAAGUGUUUGUCGUUGCUAAGAGUGACAUCGCUAAAACUCAGCCACAUGCGAUCCUAGAGUCCCACACAAAGUUGCAUUGUCACCAUGGAGGUUUUGGUGAUCACCAGAUUGAUGCUAAAGGAAAACAGCCUAUGAAGAUAACAUUUGAUAUAAAUACUCACACACCGAUUGGGGAAGUAUACGAAUGUUUCAUUCGGGAAGUUGGGAGCUAUAUGUGGCGCGACAUUGCUUUCGAUAAGGACACAUGGAAAGAAGUUUCUGAAGCCAAAAGGGUUGGCAUGUUCCAAUAUCUUUCGAUAUGCGCACGGUAUAGAGGCCGCAAACAUACUGCAAAAACUCGUUUUAUUGAUUUUGAAUGGGAUGUGGAGGGAGCAAGGAUUCAAGCCCCUAUUGUUGUUGAGGUUGCUUUACAGACUCAUCACAUAGCCGACUCCGGUGGUGAUGCAGACUAUAUCUAUCGGAUCAUAAUAUUUGAGAAGGAGUUAGGUGCUUGA